UGGUCGCUGGUUCCGCGGCAGACUCAGUCACUGAGCAGAGACCGUGUCCCGGUCACAGUGAAGCUGCCCAGGUAUGAGCCACCAGCCCCGGUUGUAAACAGCCAGGAUACACCGGACCGAUACCGGCCGCCAGCUGAGGACAGGUGGGGUUCACGUGUUUUGUUUUCCCGCCUCGUGUUGCAGCUGUUUGGAUGAGUCUGGUCUGGAGCGUGCACGAUGCUGAGCGCCUUUAAGAUGGAGGGACACGAGCAUCCGGACUGGAGCGGCAGCAGCUACUACGGAGAGACCGAGUGUUACACCGCAGCGGGAAACAUGAACUCCAUGAGCAGCUACAUGAACGCGCCUGGCAUGACCGGCCCCGCGCACAUGAACCCGGCCGGGGUCUGUCACUCCGCGGUGCCCGGCGGGAUGUCGCAGAACCCCGGGGUCGUGGUGCAGGCCGGGGCCGGGAUGACGCCGGGCCUGGGCGCCGGGCUGCCCCCGAGCAUGAGCUCCAUCAGCCCGCCUCCGUACGGGACCAUGCCGGUGAUGAGCCCGGUGUACGGCCCGGCCUGCAGCAUCAGAUCCAGGGAGCCCAAACCGUACCGGCGCAGCUACACGCACGCCAAGCCGCCGUACUCCUACAUCUCCCUGAUCACCAUGGCGAUCCAGCAGUCCGGGAGCAAGAUGCUGACGCUGAACGAGAUCUACCAGUGGAUCAUGGACCUGUUCCCGUUCUACCGGCAGAACCAGCAGCGGUGGCAGAACUCCAUCCGACACUCGCUCUCCUUCAACGACUGCUUCAUCAAGGUGCCGCGCUCCCCGGACAAACCCGGGAAAGGCUCCUUCUGGGCGCUGCACCCGGACUCCGGGAACAUGUUCGAGAACGGCUGCUACCUGCGGCGGCAGAAGCGCUUCAAGUGCGGGAAACAGCCCGGUGCCGGUGACAAGGAGGCGGGGGGGAAGCCCGGGUCUGAGGGCGGCUCGGUCACCAGCACCAGCUCCAGUUCAGACUCCCCGCACUCCCCCUCUUCCUCCUCCUCCUCCUCCUCCUCCUCCUCCUCCCCCCAGUCCUCAGAGGCAAAGGGACCCGGGGUCGACCUCAAACUGUUGCCCUCCAGCCCCGCGCACCCUCCGCACCUGUUCCCCCAUCAUCAUCAUCAUCACCAUCAUCAUCAUCACCCGCUGCUGCUGCAUGAGGCCGCUGCCCACCUGAAACCAGAGCACUACCCCCCUCCCCCUCCCCCUCCCCACCCCCACUACUCCUUCAACCACCCGUUCUCCAUCAACAACCUCAUGUCCGAGCCUCAGCACCACAAACUGGACCCGGUGCUCCAGUACGGAGGCUACGGCUACCCGGUGUCCGGGGCGGUGGUGGCGGCUAAAACCGGCCUGGAUCCCGCUCACACCGACACCAACUACUACCACGGCGUCUACACCAGACCCAUAAUGAACUCCACAUGAAAUAAAAAGGACUUUUUGAAAAAUAAAUUCACUUCGAUUUGUAUUUUAAUGCGAGAAAAACAGUUUUCCACAGUCCAUCAUUCAUCUGUGUGUUUACAUGUGCUACAGAUAAAAACCUUUAUAUAAAAAACUCAAUGUUUUAUUGGUUUCAUUCAAUUUGUUCCACUUUCCACAAAGAUUUAUCCACCUGCUGUGUUUCUGAGGCAGUUU